UAGUUCAAUAUCAUUUUAGUUACACCAUAAGACAGCAAUAUUGCUGUAACAAAUGUAGGAGUGUUGUGUAUAUAAAAAUCGUUGUUACUUAUUUGUUAUCAGUACUCGAGUCUUCAAUAACUCACCAACUUCAAAAUGUUCAAAUUAAUUGUUGUUUUGUCAAUUUUUGCUCUCGCUGUUAAAGCAGACCCAAAACCAGGAGUACUGGCGGCUGCUCCGUUAGCCGUUGCUCCAGCAGUUGUUACCGCCCAAAGUUCUCAAGUCGUCGCCAGAAACUUCAACGCCUUAGUUGCGCCAGCACCUAUUGUUGCCGCACCAGCACCAGUAAUAGCUGCCAGAGCACCACUUGUGGCUGCCCCAGCUCCACUGUUGGCGGCCAGAGCUCCACUUGUAGCCGCCCCAGCGCCUUUGUUGGCUGCGAAGGCUCCAUUAUUGUCAGCUCCUUUAGUAGGUGCUCCUUAUGCGGCAUAUAGGUUCUCCGCUCCUUUGGUGACAGCAGGAUUGCCUGCGGUGGCUACUUACAGAGCUGCUCCAUUGUUGGGUUGAACUAGACCAAUAUUUAUAAUCAACUGAAUUGACUGAUCUGUGUAUAUAGUUGUAAAUAAAUCUGCA